AUGUCGAAAUCCUUCACUCCCGCGGAGGUCGCCUCCCACAAGACCGCCGACACGGGCCUCUACAUCAUCAUCGACAGCAGUGUCUACGACGUCACCAAUUUCGUCGACGAGCACCCGGGCGGCGCGAAGAUCCUGAAGCGUGUCGCGGGCAAAGAUGCCUCAAAGCAGUUCUGGAAGUACCACAACGAGUCUGUGCUGAAGAAGUACUCGCCCAAGCUGAAGAUUGGGGAGGUGAAGGAUGCUGCGAAGCUGUAA